AUGAGGGCAUUGAAGUCAAUGUCCAUUGUGUGCAAAAAGGUGAAAAAAACGCUUAUCUUCGCCACUAUCCCCUUACCCCCCGCACUCCAGCCACUGUCCCCCAUCCCCUCACUCAAGCCACUACCCCCUAUCCCCUCACUCAAGCCACUAUCCCAUAGCCCCUCACUCAAGCCACUACCCCCUAUCCCCUCCCUCAAGCCACUAUCCCCUAUCCCCUCACUCAAGCCACUACCCCAUAUCCCCUCACUCAAGCCACUACCCCAUAUCCCCUCACUCAAGCCACUAUCCCCUAUCCCCUCACUCCAGCCACUAUCCCAUAACCCUCACUCAAGCCACUACCCCCUAUCCCCUCACUUAAGCCACUAUCCCCUAUCCCCUCACUCAAGCCAUUAUCCCCUAUCCCCUCACUCCAGCAACUGUCCCAUAGCCCCUCACUCAAGCCACUAUCCCCCAUCCCCUCACUCUUGCCACUACCCCCUAUCCCCUCACUCAAGCCACUACCCCCUAUCCCCUCACUCAAGCCACUAUCCCCUAUCCCCUCACUCAAGCCACUACCCCAUAUCCCCUCACUCAAGCCACUAUCCCCUAUCCCCUCACUCCAGCCACUAUCCCAUAGCCCCUCACUCAAGCCACUACCCCCUAUCCCCUCACUCAAGCCACUUCCCCCUAUCCCCUCACUCAAGCCACUAUCCCAUAUCCCCUCACUCAAGCCACUUCCCCCUAUCCCCUCACUCAAGCCACUAUCCCCUAUCCCCUCACUCAAGCCACUACCCCAUACCCCCUCACUCAAGCCACUAUCCCCUAUCCCCUCACUCAAGCCACUAUCCCCUAUCCCCUCACUCAAGCCACUAUCCCCUAUCCCCUCACUCAAGCCACUAUCCCAUAUCCCCUAACUCAAGCCACUACCCCCUUUCCCCUCACUCAAGCCACUACCCCCUAUCCCCUCACUCAAGCCACUACCCCCUAUCCCCUCACUCAAGCCACUAUCCCCUAUCCCCUCACUCAAGCCACUCUCUCCUAUCCCCUUACUACUACCACUACCCCCUAUCCCCUCACUACUGCCACUAUCCCCUAUACUCUCACUCAAGCCAUUAUCCCCUAUCCCCUCACUCAAGCCACUAUCCCCUCACCCCAUCCACUCUCCCCAACCCCCUCACUCAAGCCACUUUCCCCCAACCCCCUCACUCAGGCCACUAUAACCUACCCCUUCACUUCAGCCACUAUCCCAUAACCCCUCACUUCAGCCACUACCCCCUAUCCCCUCACUCAAGCCACUACCCCAUAUCCCCUCACUCAAGCCACUAUCCCCUAUCCCAUCACUCAAGCCACUAUCCCCUAUCCCCUCACUCAAGCCACUAUCCCCUAUCCCCUCACUCAAGCCACUAUCCCCUAUCCCCUCACUCAAGCCAGUCUCCCCUACCCCUUCACUCAAGCCACUACCCCCUAUUCCCUCACUCAAGCCACUACCCCAUAUCCCCUCACUCAAGCCACUAUCCCCUCACUCAAGCCACUCUCCCCUAUCCCCUCACUCAAGCCACUACCCCAUAUCCCCUCACUCAAGCCACUACCCCAUAUUCCCUCACUCAAGCCACUAUCCCCUAUCCCCUCACUUCAGCCACUAUCCCAUAG